AGUUAACCCUUUGCCUUCAAUUUUGACUUCCAAAAUUCAGACCAUUUUACACACAUCUAUCCCAAAGCCACCCUUUCUCUCUCUCUCUCCCUCUCUCUCUCUGCAAGAAAAGAUACACAUAUAUAAUUACAUAAGCAUAAGAAGAAUCAUAUGUACCACUAAUGGCUGUGUCCUUAGGGACCUUGAGAUUAUGGGACAGUAUCCUAGAGUUAACAAAGAAAUCACAGGAUAAAGGCAGUGAUCCUAUGAUAUGGGCUAUCCAUCUUUCUUCACAGUUGAACUCAGCUGGUGUAUCUCUUCCUUCACCAGAAUUAGCCAAUCUUCUGGUUUCUCACAUUUGUUGGGAUAAUAAUAAUCCCAUUUCUUGGAAGUUUUUGGAAAAAGCUUUGAUCUUUAACAUAGUUCCUCCUUUGCUUGUUCUUGCUCUUCUAUCUACCAGGGUUAUUCCGAUGCGACAUACUCAACCUGCAGCGUUUCGGCUAUAUAUGGAACUCCUAAAGAGACAUGCUUUUAAACUCAAACCACAUGUAGAAUUUAAAAACUAUGAAGUGAUCAUGAAUUCAAUAGACAUUGUUCUCAAUCUUUCUCAGAUAUUCGGCACUAAAGUCAACGAUCCGGGCAGCGUAUUACUUGAGUUUAUAGUUGCAGUUGUUUGGCAGUUAGUAGAGGCGGCAUUAGGAGAUGAGGGGCUUCUAGAACUUACCAAAGAAAGAACACAUAAAUGGAAUGUUCCUCAAGACAUGGAGAUAGAAGAUUCCGGUAGCUACGGUGGAAAGAGGAUUGAGAUUUUGCAGAGUAGAAAUACAGUUAUGGCGGUUGAGCUGAUCGGGCUUUUCCUGCAGAGUAAAAUAACUUCCAGGAUUCUUUUGCUGGCUCGCCGAAACAUGCCCACACAUUGGAGAAGUUUGGUUCAGGAUAUAGAGGUUCUUGCGGUCAACUCGUCAGCGCUAAGAAGUUCAAAGGUGAUGACACCAGAAACUCUGCUUCAGUUAAUAUCAGAUGAUCAUAAAGUUGUGUCUGAAGGAAAAAAAGCGAAUUAUUUGCAAGAAAUUCACACGAUUAUGUCUUCAUCUGCCGGUAUCUCUCAUAAAGUCAGCGGUUCUUCACUGUGGAUUCCUAUCGAUCUUGCGCUUGAAGACGCCAUGGAUGGUUCACAAGUCGAUACAACAAGCGCCAUCGAAAUUAUCACACGUCAUGUAAAAGCUCUUCAAGCGUUACAUGGAACCAGUUGGCACGAGUGUUUUCUCGGUCUUUGGAUGGCCGCUCUUCGGCUUGUUCAAAGGGAAAGAGAUCCCAUUGAAGGUCCUAUGCCGCGUUUGGAUACACGUUUAUGCAUGUUAUUGUCUAUCACAACUUUAGUGGUUUCUGAUUUAAUCGAGGACGAAGAAAGUUUGUCACAAAACAAUAUUAACUGCCAAACAACACAAACUUGCAAAGAAAACCGCCGUAUGGAGUUGGUGUCAAGUUUACAAAGUUUGGGUGACUAUCAGAGCUUGCUGACUCCACCUCAGGCGGUUAUUGCCGCCGCCAAUCAGGCUGCUGCAAGAGCAGUGAUGAUCAUAUCCGGCAAUAACGUCGGUAGCAGCGCAUACUUUGACCUGGUCAACACGAAAGAUAUUGCAGCUGGAAACUUGCACCAUUUGAUAGUCGAGGCUUGUAUCGCAAGAAACCUGUUGGAUACAUCAGCGUAUUACUGGCCAGGUUACGUAACAGGUCGUAUUAACCAAAUCCCGCAUGGCGUGCCAGCUCAAGUCCCGGGCUGGUCAACGUUCAUGAAAGGCGCACCACUCACUCCAGUCAUGACGAACGCUCUCGUUUCUGAACCUGCUUCAAGCUUAGCAGAGCUCGAGAAGGUUUUCGAGAUUGCAGUUAAUGGAUCUGACGAUGACAAGAUAGCUGCCGCUACUAUUCUUUGCGGUGCCUCUUUGAUUCGCGGUUGGAAUGUGCAGGAGCAUAGUGUUUACUUCAUUACGAGAUUAUUAUCGCCUCCACUGCCGGCGAAUUAUUCGGGAAAUGACAGCCAUCUUAUCGCUUAUGCACCCAUGCUUAACGUCCUUCUUGUCGGUAUAGCACCCAUCGACUGCGUUCAGAUCUUCUCGUUACACGGACUCGUUCCACACCUUGCUGGUUCUUUGAUGCCAAUAUGCGAAGUGUUUGGAUCAUGUGUACCGAAUAUAUCAUGGACUUUGACAACCGGAGAAGAGAUCUCGGCGUACGCUGUGUUUUCAAACGCAUUCGCACUUCUUCUAAAGCUAUGGAGGUUCAACCACCCUCCGCUUGAAUACGGGGUCGGAGAUGUACCUCCGGUGGGAUCGCAACUCACUCCUGAAUACCUGUUACUAAUGCGGAAUUCCCAGUUAGUUUCGUCUGGUAGUUUAUACGAGGAUCGAAACAGAAGACGAUUAUCAGCAGUAGCGAAAGCAUCGUGCCCGAAUCCCAUGUUCGUUGAUUCGUUUCCGAAGCUAAAAGCGUGGUAUCGUCAACAUCAAGCGUGUUUAGCUUCGACGCUUUCGGGUCUAGUUCAUUCGCCUGUUCAUCAGAUUGUUGAUAGCCUUCUAAACAUGAUGUUUCGAAAGAUAAACAGAAAUCAACCGUUGAAUUCCGUAUCGGGAAGUAGUUGUUCGUCUGGGCCCGGAAGUGACGAUACGUCUUUGUGGCCUAAACUACCUGCUUGGGAUAUUCUUGAAGCGGUUCCUUUUGUAGUCGAUGCUGCGCUAACAGCGUGCGCGCAUGGACGAUUAUCCCCUCGCGAGCUAUGUACAGGGCUUAAAGAUUUGGCAGACUUUCUUCCUGCAUCUUUGGCAAUCAUUGUGAGUUAUUUCUCGGCUGAAGUGUCGCGCGGUGUCUGGAAACCGGUAUUUAUGAACGGAUCGGAUUGGCCAAGUCCAGCUGCAAAUCUUUCGAAUGUCGAAGAACAUAUCAAGAAUAUCCUGGCUGCCACAAACGUUAACGUUCCCCGCCUUUUUGCAGGGAUAAGUUCACCAUUUACUCUCCCAUUGCCCUUAGCUGCCUUUGUGAGCGUCACCAUAACGUACAAACUCGAUAAAGCAUCACAACGCUUUCUUGAUCUCGCAGGCCCGGCCCUAGAAUCACUCGCAGCCGGUUGCCCAUGGCCGUGCAUGCCGAUCGUGGCUUCUUUAUGGACCCAAAAAGCAAAAAAAUGGAGUGAUUUUCUUGUUUUUUCAGCUUCGCGUACGGUUUUCCUCCACGACAAUGAUGCAGUAUAUCAGCUUCUUAAAAGUUGCUUCACAGCCACACUUGGGUUGAACAAUUCUCUUGUUUCAACCCACGGUGGCGUUGGAGCGCUUCUCGGGCAUGGGUUCGGGUCCAACUUAUACGGGGAAAUAUCUCCGGUAGCACCCGGGUUUCUAUAUUUACGGGUUUAUCGUUCGAUUAGAGAUAUAAUGUUUCUUAGAGAAGAUAUUAUAUCUUUACUUAUCCAAUGUGUGAAAGAUAUAGCUUCUAGUGGUGCUACAACUCCCAAAGGUAAACAAGAAACAAAAUAUGGACAGCUUUCACUUGCUACUAGUUUGACCAAAGUCAAACUAGCUGCUCAAUUAGCAGCUUCAAUACUAUGGAUAUCCGGAGGUCAAGGAUUAGUCCAGUCGUUAAUAAACGAGACAUUACCGUCUUGGUUUAUAUCCGCUCACCGAGAGGAAACAGGUGGGCCGGUUUCAAUGCUAUCCGGGUACGCUCUUGGGUACUUUACAGUACUUUGUGGAGCAUUUGCCUGGGGUGUCGACUCGUCCACGUCAGCAUCCAAGUGGCGGCCUAGAUUUCUCGGGUCCCACAUGGAUUUUUUGGCAAGUGCACUUAAUGGGAAGAUAACACUCGGGUGUGAUCCGAUUACUUGGCAUUCGUACGUUACGGGUUUUUUAAACUUGAUGUUGGGUUGCAUGGCUGAUUGGGUGGUGGAAGUUGAUGUGGAGGUUUUGAAGAGAUUGAGUAAAGGGUUGAGGCAAUGGAAUGAGGACGAACUUGCUCUUAAGUUGCUGGAAUCGGGCGGUGUUGGUACAAUGGGUGCAGCUGCUGAACUUAUUGCUCAAACUGAUUCAUAGUGUGGUAGAUCUAUAUAACUGAUUUCGGUUUUCAGGUCAAGUUUUGUAAAGUGUUUUAGAUUUAGCUGUACAUUAGUUCUCAAUUUCUCAUCAGUGUGACAAUAGAACUUAUGUGUUGACUUUAAAGUUUAAACCCAAUUCAAAACUCUCCCAUUCAACUUGUAAAAGAUAUGAUAUGAUAAUCUUGAAAA